CACCGAUGAGAUUUUAGCUCGCAUCCUCCACUCCUUCAUCCCGAACAUGUCCUCUUCCGGCCGAGAUAAACAGCCCGCGCGCGCUCAGCUUACUCUACAAAAGAUGGACGAAAUAGCGAAGACUUUAGUUGGAAAACCGGCUCCGCCGAUGCCUACUGUACUACCGGACUUGAUUUCGAUUGAUGGGCAUCGGUUCCCGAUUAAUCGAGAUGGAGUUCCCAAGGAUAUUACCGAUAAGCUGGAGGAGGUCUUUGAUGAGGGUGGGACAUAUGAGCAGAUUCCGGCUGAGGUUUUGGAAUAUGAGCUUAAGGGGGAUCAGUGUCUUUGUGAUGAGGAGGAGGAGGAGGAGGAAGAAGAGGAGGGGGUUGGGGCGGUGGUGGGGAUGUGA